CACAAAGACCUGAACCCCCCUCCCGAAACACUCUUCAUCUCACUUUCCUCUGUGCCGAUCUAUUCAACUGAUUUUACAUCCGUCUUCAGCACGUGUGCUUUGGUUUUCUUCCAUUUGAUCUGUUACGUAUCUGCAGAAGAUCUGCUCUGUCAUCAGGCUGUCACAAUGCCUCUGGACGGCUCACAGUCGGAUGUGAAGGGUUCAUUGGAUGGAAGUUUGGAUUUAUUUAGAACCUGGUUUGGCCCUGCGACCCAACGUCCUCCUCUUAAAAAUUACCUGCUGUUAACCAUCCUCACCUGCUUCUGUCCCGCGUAUCCCAUCAACAUCCUCGCACUGGUCUUCUCUAUCAUGUCCAGAAACAGUUAUGAGCAGGAGGAUUAUGAAGGUUCAAGGCGUUUAGGAAAGAUGGCUCUGUAUGUGUCCAUCGCCUCCAUUAUCAUUGGCAUCAUCAUCAUCUCAAUUUUCUGCGUUGUGCAUUUUACCACGAAAGAUGCUUAGGCCGAUGACACGAGCGUUGUCCUGCGAUCUCAUCAUCAGAAGACGUCCUCAUGUUGAUCCGCUCAGAGGAUUCAGACGUCACCGGACUUCAGCAUCUCCAUCUGUACAUGAGAAGAGUCACAGUGAGGCCGGGGGCGGAGCUUCAUCUCAUGAUGUCAUUGCUGUCCAUCAGAGUUUGUUUACAACACAGAAGACAGAUUUCAUUAUACUGUUACAGAUGAAACAAAUAUUGAACUCCUCAUACAGACAAACUCUCAAUUCAAUAUAAUGCACUGUACCAUCAGUAAUUAUGGUUUGUUCUUUUGGAGUAGGUUAAUAACAUUUGGAUUUGUAAACAUUUUAAACAUUUUGUUCUGGCUUUUGUGAAAUUCUACCAGUAAAUAAGAUAUGUGUUUAAAAACACUUUUACUAUCAGCAGCUUGAGUUUGUGAAACACAUGGAUUGUAUUUGAGCUUGUAAAUGUUCUUCAUUUCUUAUUUUAUUGUACAGUUUAUGUUUGUGUGGUCAGAUAUGUAUCAUUCAAAGUUACAAUUCAUGUUUGAAAUCAAUAAACAUUUUUUAACUAAAAAUAUUGUUUUCAAUGUCCUAAAAGGUUAUAUGUUAAAAAUAAAAUACAAAUUGUGUUAAAUUGUUAAUAUGAUUACUUCUUUAUGCACAUGUUGCACUGACAUAUUACAAUAACACAGAGAGACGUGUUUUCAAUAAGAUUUGUGUGCGAGUGUGUGAUGUGUAUUUGGAUAUGUUGUGUUAUAUAUAGCAGUGGAUGGUAAUCUCUAAAGUGUCAGUCCAGCAUGUUCUGUUCAGAUCCACAGGUCACAUGACACAGAAGAGCUGGAUCAGCAUUCUUCCACAAAUCACAGACUGAAAGUGAAUCAGGUUUAAUAUGACUGACACACACAUAUCAUCAAAACAUCCACGCAGAUUUAGGUUUGGUUUGGUUAGUACGGUGUCACAUGUGUAAAAAUAAUAACGAAUGCAUCCUAUAUAUAACAAAGAAGUUAUUUUGCAUGAAGAACAUGAAUCUAUUGUAGGCCAAUACAGUUUUCCCAGCAUGUCACCUUCACCUUGAGGGCAGAGCAUCAUGAUGGAGCUGUGAAAUCACUGAGGUAAACAGCCGAAUGUAAGUACUGAUCAUAAAGCUGAUGUUACCUUCCCUUCAUCAUCUUAACACACUGAAAUCUGGAGAAAACCUCUGAGCCUGAUGACACUGCGGGUUCUGUCGUCCUCUGCUGGUGAUACACUUGAACAA